CGUGUUAUGGCUACUGCCUCCGCCUAUUCCUGCUUCUUCAUACUCUUCUUGGCGCUGCUGCUGCUGCAGGUGCAGGUCCAUGCAAGGCGGCGCAGCUGCUUCUCUGCCAUAUUCAGCUUCGGCGACUCGCUGCAGGACACCGGCAACUUCGCCCAAGCCUUCUUCAAUACCACCGUCAGCCGGUCGCCGUGGGGGAAUACCUACUUCCACCGCCCCACCGGCCGCUUCUCUGACGGCCGACUCAUCAUAGACUUUAUCGCGGAACGCGUUGGGCUGCCGUUGGUGCAGCCCUACCUCGCCGGAGGAGACUUCUCCAAAGGAGCAAACUUCGCCUUCGCCGGAGCGACGGCGUUGAGCCCGAACGAAUUGGGUAGGUUCGGGGUGGAUACGACUGGGUGCCUGAGUAAGAACACCCUGCGCGCCCAAAUUAACUGGUUCGAGCAACUCCUCCAGUCCAAUCCUUCGUUUCAAGAUCCCAACUUCUUGGAGAGCUCACUGUUCAUGGUUGGGGAGAUCGGAGGGAAUGACUACAACGCAGCUCUCCAUCAGGAUCUGCCAUAUCACAAACUCAUAAGGAUCGUCCCCCGUGUAAUUCACGCCAUCUCCUCCACUAUCACUAGGUUGAUCGGAAUGGGCGCAAAAACGUUGGUGGUCCCCGGAAACCUGCCCAUCGGCUGUAUCCCGGCAUGGCUCUGGCAGUAUCGCCGGGACGACCCCAGCGACUACGACGGCAACGGCUGUCUGCUGUGGCUGAACCGGUUCUCCGAGUACCACAACGUCCGCUUGACGGCUCAGUUGAGCCGGCUCGCGAGGACAUACCCCAACGUGACCAUCGCGUAUGCUGAUUAUUUCGGGGCCGGGAUGCGGAUGUUCUCCGACCAAUCCCGGUUCGGAAUCAGCGAACCUUUUGCUGCUUGUUGCGGAGGCAACGGGCAUUGUUGCAGAGACCCGGAGAAAUAUGCUUCGUGGGAGGGGUUCCACCCGACGGAGGCAACUUACAAGGCCAUUUAUGAAGGAUGCCCACGCCGCCACGGCGUCUGGUGCCGGUACAAGCUCUUCCGGCUGCUGCGCUCGGCAGGCCACGCCGCCACCGCGCCGGAUGAACGGCCGCGUUUGAGGUCCCUAAGCAAGCACAUGGAUGCCACGCCGCCACGUAUUCGCAUUGUCGCUUGCUGAUCGUUCUUGCCUGCUCACGCAGAGGACCACCGAUGGUCCCCGGCGUUGGACCCGAAUGACCAUGUGAUGGUAAGUACGUGCCUAGCCUAGUGCGGUCAUUAUAGGAGAGGACAUGA